UUCCUCAAAUCUCCGGAUAAAGCUUCGUCUUCUCCGAUGGAAAGCCGGCCAAUUGAUCGCCCUCACGCAUCCACUAGGCAUAGCUUAAAUCUUCAACGCAUCCAACUUCUCAGAAAAAUCACUUAUACGUCAAAAUCUUUCACUAUCGCCAUAAAGCAGCACCUAGGAAGACCUCUUCAAAUUAAUGAGUGAAAAUCUUAGCUGAGAUAGAUCUGCAAGAUGUUGAAAACCUCACACAAAUCACUCUAUGGAAAGAUUCGUUUAGAGGUCAAUUUCAGGUCAUCAUCAAUUUUAGAGCAUCUUCCUCUGUAUUUCAUCGCUCUUACACGAGAUGAGCUCCAACGAAAGUGAUACCACCCCAUAUGAUUUUAGAUCUAGAGAGAGGACCGGGUCCCUACACGAGUGAGGAAUCAUCAAAACAUCUUGAGGAGAGCCUCCUGUUAUGCCCCAAAUAUAGACAUGGUAAGUAGGUAGUUCAGUAACAUGCUUUUCGAGCCUUUGUUCCAACAACUCGUAUGUUAGAUAUCAUCCUCAAUUUGGAUGGGGUGGGUAUACAACAGAUAGGGAUGUUAUCUAUCCUAUUCGAGAUGAUGGUCAGGCUAGCAAUACUUAGCCCAGUUGAGACAAUUCGUAGGCAGGUGGUCAGACUCACUUCUAUGGUUUUUAUUGGUACAGUGAGGCAGAAGUAUUUGAUAUAGUGACCAUAGGUAUUAUUGUAGUCUAUGAUUGAAUGUAUACAUCCUUAUUUAACCCUGAUUGCACCAUUUCAUACAUGCCCAUUUAUUUUGUUGUGGGUUUGAGUAUGAUUUGUGAAUCACUUGAUAUUCUAAUUCAUAUUUCUACUCCUUUGGGUGAUUUUGUGAUUGUUGAUAGAGUCUAUUAUUUUUGUGUGAUGACUUUUAUGGGGUAUAAAAUCUUGAAAAUCUUAUUUAUAUUUGACAUGAUUGAUUUUAAUGUCAUUUUGGGGAUUAUUUUGUUGUCUUCAUAAAAUGUUGUUUUUGACGAUCAUGCCAAGAUAGUUUUCAUAUCUACAUGUCAGGGAUGUCUAGGCCUUAGUGGAAGGGUAGUUGUAGUUCUACUAAAAAAACUCAUAUCUUUUAUUUUUGGACAAAAAUCACAUAUGAAAAUUUAUUCUAUAAGAGUGUAAAAGGAAUCCUAUUUAUGAAGUAUCAUUUAUAUUAUGAGAACAAACUAAGAAAGCCCAAAACAAAUGGUGGGAGGCCCAAGAUAGUUUGUCAAAACGGGUCUUCCAAUCAAACCCGGCCAAAGCCACGUGGUUGGCAUUUGAAAGGCAAAGGCAACUUUCACUUUGCUUACUCCGAAAAACUUCCAAAGGCGUUACUCUACUCAUCUUCUUAACUUCAACUCUCUCAAUUGUUCAACGUCAUCUUUCUUGAGGAUAUCAUUAUCUACAUCAUGUCAACAAACGCGAAGCUACAAAUAUAACUACAUUUGUCAAUGUCCGACUUCAAUUUCUCUUAAAGACUUUUCAAUGGAGAAUCUACCAGAGUCACCAUUUUUUGAAUCAACAUUGGGAUCUUCGUCAUCAUCUCCAUCACAAAAAAUUCCUAAUGACUUGGGUGCUCUCACUCCAAAUCAGUUGGUGCUAUUGAUCGAUGAUGAUAGUCUUCGUGGAGAGGUCAUGCAUCACCUCUACGAGAAGAAAGAUUCAUGCAAAAAUCUAGCUCUGCUGCUGUGGAAUAACUUCAACACAGUUUACAUGCUUUUGCUGGAAGUCCUGUCUGUGUAUAAGAAGUUUUCACCCUCAACGCUAUCUAUAAGGGAAGCAACUCGAGUUUGUUGUGCUAUUGCUUUGUUUCAGGUUAUGGCUAAUAAUACAGAAACAAGAAGGGGGCUCAUAAAAGCUGAAAUACCAUGUUAUUUCUAUCCAUUUCUCAAGCCCUGUGGAGAUGAUAAGCAUUUGGAGUGUGUGAGGACCACUACCUUGGGUUUUCUCAGUGACCUGACAAAGUUUGAUGAUCCACAUGGAUCAGAUGCCCUUCGUUUCUUCUUGAAAUCGGAAGUGGUUCCUUUGUGCCUGAAGUGCAUGGAUGUAUGUGACGAAAAGUCACAGAAGCUUGCAACUCUCAUAGUUAUGAAUAUUCUGAAGCAAGAGAGUGGACUGACCUAUUGUUCUGCUACGCCUGAACGCUUCUUCGCGAUAGUACAGGUCUUAAGACGAGUGGUUGAGAAACUUUCUCUAAAACCUUGUUUGCUGCAUCUAGAAUAUGUGAUACAGUGUUAUGUAUGUCUGUCAAAAAUAUAUAGGUCCAUCGGGCCAGGUGAUGAAUUCAUAAGACAAAUUCCUUCUCAGCUAUUUGACAACACCUUUAGGCGCACUCUUCUCCACAACAACGAAGCUUCGCGGAUGUUGCAAGUUCUACAUCUCAAUAUUUAUGGAUGUCUAUAUUUUCCGCCAAUUGAAGAGAGAAAAAGCAUUGCAAAGAAGGUUGCAUCAAGUUAUGCAUCAAGUUCUGCAUCAAGUUCAAAGGGUAAGGGAAAGAGAAAGAAGUGAAGUUGUUCUGUAGGAAAAGACAGUAAAUAAUGACCUCAGUAGAGGGAAAAUAUGUUUUAAGUUAACUGUUCAACUGUUAAAGCUCGAGAACUUCUUGAGCCUCCUUAAGACUGAUACUUUGCUUUGUUAUGUACUGAAUGGUUGCUUUACUUGCUUUGUGUGUACUGAAUGGUAGUUUUGUUCAGCUGAAAUGAAGUUAUCU